GUUCAUGACGCACAACGAAGAGAGGCGAAAUUCAAUAUAGCGCUUAAUAUGCGGUUCCUUAUAAUGAAUAUAUGAGGAAUAUCUUUGAUUGAAGUUCAUAUCUCAUUGACAGAGGGUCUAGUACUCGGCUUAUUGUUAUUCUCCGGGAUAACUAAAGAUGGCGCUGUUGGCGCAUCACAAAUAUGUGGCCAGAAAAAUACAUGGGAGGCAGGGUACUGUGGAUUCCCAUGCCUCCAUGAGGUUCAUGAUGUCAGGCUCGAAAAAUCAAUAAGGGAAAAUGGAAAAUUAUUUACAACUCCGCCGCGGAGGACUGAGUGGCAGGGAGGCUGAACCGGAUGCCAUUGACGUUUCGGAAAGUGAAGAGGAAAAUCAGCGUACUGAAGACUGUCAAGGGAUACGUCAGCAUGCCGAUUACGAUAGUAAUUCUGGUGGUGUUAGUUCUAGAAACACUUCUAUCAAUGUCAGUGAUGAUGAGGGUUGCGAUGAUUCAACCACCGCUCGACAAGAAAAUAACGAAUGGAGUUCGCAUGAAGAUGGCAGUGGAGAAGAUGUCGAAUUUAAUGAGCAACGCGAUGAACCUCUGCGGUUCGUAAGCGUUGAUCUAGAAGAUCGUGCAUCCCAUUACAUGAAACUGAGUGCAUGGACUUAAAAUAAGCGUGCGUCAAAAUUUGCGUUAAAUAGAAUGUUAAUUUUUAUUACGGCAUGUACGAAUUUGAUCCAAAAACAAAAUGAUGUAAAAUACCCCUACGAAAAUGUAUGAUAGAAAAAAAAUGAUGGGCGUGUCAUCUUUUUUCGUCAUUUUAUCCCUGCAUUUUUUUUCGCAAACUCAAGAAAACGACAGCCGAAAUUGAUAUGCCCUAAUUGGCCAUAAUUUAUAACAAUAUUGUGUACACGUCAUGCACGUCGCACGCGUAAUGUGGCCAGUAUUAUACAAGUAAAUUUAGUCAUUUAAAAAUAUAUUAAAAAUAAGGAAAACGAAAACAAAUAUCUUUCGUAAUGAUUAAUGGGCAUUUUUAUAUUUUUCAUUUGUUUAUCUGACUUCCAAAUAAUUUUUCGAAAAAAUAAGCUCAGCAUUCAAAAGUUUUAAAAGAUAAUAUUGCUAAGGAGACAUUAUGCUACAAUUAUAUGGUAAUUAUGUCAUAAAUAGAAAAUAACGAAAAGAAACUCUUGUUACGUUCGUUUCUGUUUAUUUUCACAUGCAAUUUCUGCGAGAAACAAUUUUGACCUUGUGCCUCAAACACCACAUUAUUUUCUAGUGAAUUUUAUGCUUAGCAUAAUUAUUAGGCUAACUAUAUUCAAUCUGUGAUUUACAAAAUAGUAUUAUUUUAUUAUAAACGUCGUUAUAUUUCGUAUCAACAGAUGUUUUUGUUCGAAUUUUAGAUGAUAAACAGCAAAUUUAUUUG